GAUAUUUCCCAGGAUUCAGUCCCAACGGCUGCAAACCACGAUGGCUGACCAUUCCACCCCGAGCCGACAUGAGAAAAGCUUGGGACUCCUCACAACUAAGUUUGUUUCACUACUGCAAGAAGCCAAAGAUGGAGUUCUCGAUCUGAAAGUGGCUGCUGAUACGCUUGCAGUUCGUCAGAAAAGAAGAAUCUAUGACAUAACUAAUGUAUUGGAAGGAAUUGGUUUGAUAGAGAAAAAGUCUAAAAACAGUAUACAAUGGAAAGGAUCGUGUCCCGGCUAUCCUACUGUAGAUGGUAUUCCAAAUACCCCAGAGAGAGGAUCACGGGAAAUCGCAGAUAGACUAGGGCAUUUGAAAGAUGAAAUAGCUGAGCUAGAACAACAGGAGGCAGAAUUGGACCAGCACAAGAUAUGGGUACAACAGAAUAAGAAUGUCACAGAUGAAGUCACAAAUACAAAACUAGCCUACGUAACACAUGAAGACAUAUGCAAGUGUUUCAAAGGCGAUACAUUACUAGCUAUUCAAGCACCCUCAGGAACGCAGCUUGAGGUUCCCAUACCAGAAAUUGGUCCUGGUUUUAAGAAAAACUAUCAAAUACAUUUGAAAAGUCAGUCCGGGCCAAUUCACGUAUUACUGGUCAACAAAGACACAGAUAACACAAGUCCUGUCGUGGUGCAAGUACCGCCCCCAAAAGAAGAUCCAGUGGCAAACCAGGUCACUGUUGCUCAAAACCAAAAUGUAGACCCAAACCAGCCUGCAGUGUCUGGCAAAGGAAAAUCAUUGCUAAAGCGUUCCCCUGUAAAAUCUCCCCUGCGGCAGUCACAACCUGUAGUAGAUGUGACAGUUCCCACCACACGAAUGGCAACACGAUCAUCACCACGCAAAUCUGGCCUGGGACAACCUAUAGCUUCAACAUCAGCUGCAGCACUACAAGCGCCGUCAAUGGACACUCCACCUAGUGAUGUUCUCCUUGACCCAUACCGCUCAGAUCUAGGCAAACACACCUUUGGUGAUAUGGAAGGAGAUUUAAUUGAGGAGUUAAUGUCUUCAGAAGCGUUUGCACCCCUGUUGAGGUUAAGCCCGCCCCCAAGCGAUCGAGAUUACUAUUUCAACCUUGACGACAGUGAAGGAGCAUGUGACCUUUUUGAUGUGCCCCUGCUAACGAUGUGAUAGAGCUAGACCUACCAUCUACCUCACUGUGCCUUCAACAGACUACAUUAGUCUGAUUUGAUUGUGCUGCAGGUCUUGGUUAUUUCUAAACACAAAACAGCCUUGUGAUUCACCAGCAUGAAAGGCAGCUUGUUUUUUGUUGGACAAACCAUGGCCAGUCUUGCGCAAAAAUUCAUGAGAAGACUAUAAUUGACCAGGCCGUGAAAGCGUCAGCACAUCUCCACCCUGUAUGUUUUAGGGGUACAGGCCUUGUUCAUAGUGAUGAUUUUACUAAACACAAGACCUGAACUAAGUAAUGAGGUAUGUUCUUCCACAGACACUAUAUAGUGCUAGAAUUCGUUACACUGCCAGAGACGCUGUCAUCAACUCAACUACUGCCAAUCAUCUUUUAUCAUCGUCGUGUUCGUCACACACUGGAGUACUAGCAUUAACAACGAAUCUCGUGCGGACCAACACUUGUCUAGGAUACUUGUCUAGGAUUUAUUGGUUGUGUCCAAAUAUGAGGUUGAUCCAUACUUAAGGAGGAAUGUUCCAAAAACCAAGAAGUGUACCAGUUCAGUUUUCCAUUAGAAUAUAACUUGAACUGCUUAACUCUUGAUUGAAAAACUAUAAACAACUAUUUCACUCCAAUUCCCAAUUAAUUAUGCCCAAGAAUUUGAUUUCUUACUUUGAAAAAAAUCUUCAUUUCCAUUGAUUUGUCGUAACCUUGCCAACAAACAUGAUCAAGUCAUGUGUGCAGCUAUGUUAGAGAUUAUCUUGGCAUUUUAGAGCAGUAUAUGUAAUCUAGUAAUUUGAAGUCAAAAAUAUUCAAGAUCUUGUUUGUCUGAUCGCAUAAUUUUACAUUUUGAGAGGAUUUAUGACACAAGGAAGGUGAUAUUGGCCUGUCAUUUGAGAGUCGGAACAUUCAUUAAGCUCUAAUAAUUCAAUAAUUCUAUGCCAUAGUCACCAUUUUGCAAUCUUCCAUAGGCAUUAAGACUCUUUAUAUGGUAUGCUGCCAAACAUCAGUUUCCUGGAGUCUCGGAUCUUCAAACUGGGAUCGAGAAAGUGGAAAGUUUAUAUAUGAUAGGGCAAAACAGAGAAGUUUCUUUUAUAUUGGUUUACAACAAAAAGAAUAAUUUUGUUUCUUCAUGUCUGAAACAAAUUUUUAAGAGUUUGUAUAGAAAUUUAUUAUUUUGUGUUAGGGUGUCAUACAGACAUUGUAUGAGAAAUGAUCCCUAUGACGGCAGGAUGAACAGCUAUUAACGCAACUUUAAAGAAUAGUUCUAAGUGAUAUUGACGACACAAUUUUCCUGCCGUUUUAACACUAUUUGUUAUUUAAGUGAAAAUCAGAGGUUAUUGCAUAUGUCAAAUUUAAAGCAGAAUUUACUUGCAUAUUUUGAACUGUGUGUAUCAUUUCUGUUAUUACUGGAAGAGCAAACCUGGCUCUACUCAAAUCCAAACUUAAUUGUCUUAGUUGACUUAAUGUAUAAAUUUCAAUCAAUGUUAUGAUAUCAAAGGGCUUGCAGUAAAUUAAACUGGCAGUUACAAAAUGGCAAAGAUUUAUUUUGAAGUUUGUAUGUGUUCUUAAAAGUCUCAUAUGUUAUAUUACUGUCACUAAGGGCAGCGUUUACUGUUGCACAUGUCUGUGAAAAGUUUCUUUGAUCUAGUAAUAAAAGUAGCUCAAAAGUUUGGUAAGACGAAAACAGAAAAUGUAUAUGUAUCGUGUAUUAUGUAUGGAAUUUUCUCUUCUUUUUUUUGGAUGGUAUUCAGGAAAGUUUUUGCACACAGUGUAAAGAGUGUAUCUUUACCUGGAUAUUGCAGUUCUCACAUUUUUUGUGGAUGCAAAUUUUGGAGUUGUAAAUAUGUUUCAGAAGAGAUAUAUGGCUUUUCUGGUAAAAAAUUCUACUUCAUGUGUCCAAGGUGGGGACACUAGCUUUGUUAAACGGGGACCACAGAGUUGAUAAUUUCAAACAGUACCAAAAUAUGCUGAAUUUUUUCGAUCACCCACCAAUUUCAGUUUUCCAAUGUUAACUGGAUAGAUGUUUUAUUGGAUAGCUGUUACAGCGUAAGAAAGGAACCAAAACAGACACGAAAUGUUAAACGCUAACAUAUAUGUACAUGUUCUUGAGAUGGUUGAAUUGAUAAUCCAUUCACCCAACACCCUGACGAGGAAAUAUUUAUCUCGCUAUUUUUACAGUAGCAUACUCUUCCUCUGUUCUUUAUGAAUUAUUUAACUGUGAUAUUUUCUUUGUAAUAAAAUGCUCUGUUCUAUAAAUAUGUAUCUUGUCAAACAAUUACUUUUUUUUUAAUUAAUCAUGAAUAACUCAUAACAGAUUUGAACUUCUGACCUAUUUGGAUUUUUUUUAGUUUCGCUUGUGUAAAAUAAAAGAAAAAAAAUCAAGCUUAAAAUUUUGUAAUUGUGGCUGAUUUUUUAUUUUUAUUUUUGACAUAUAGAUUUAAUAUAUCAAUAAUGCUAAGUACCUUAUUUGGGUAAUAUAAAUGAUAAAAAUCUUUCUGAUCUGUGUGUAAUUAACCAAAAGUACAGUAAAUUUUAAUGUACACACUAUAUGUUUUUAUUUUAUUAUAGGGAAAUAAAUGUUAUCAGAAAACAAAAGUGUAUAUAUAUUCAUUUAAUCUUACAUGACUAGGAAAAACUGAUUAUGUUUGUACUUUGUUUUACGUAGUUAUGUUAGAUUUGUAAGUAGAAUACUGUAAGUUCCUUAAUCUUAAUGUACAUGUCUAUGUUGAACAUUAGUAUACAAUUUUCUAGUUAGUUAGCCCAUACUGAGAGUUGAAAAUGGAUAAUAUCUUCUAUAUUACCAUUGUUUUCAGUGAGUGAUGGGAUUUUUAUUUUUUUUUUCCUUGUUAUAUGUCUAUUUUGGGUUAUAAGAAAAAUGAAAAUGUACACAUUGACAUUUUCUGUGUUGCAUUUAAAUCUGAUUUUGUAUUGAAAUACAUUGGAUGCUAGUUGACUUGUAAACACUAUUAAAUGAGUACUGUGUGAAAAACGGUUGGCCCUGAAAUACACAAAUUAUCAUUCCUUACAAAAUCUGAACCCCCAGGUCUUCUCCCCCUGACAUAAAAGGUUCAGAAUUAAUGCUGUAGUAUACUGUAUUUAUCUGUCAAUAAGCCCAUCUCUUGUAAUAAGUCCAUGUCUGGUAAUAAGCCUAGCUAUGGCUUUUUGUUUCAGUAAAAAAAAAUUCAUCAAAGACUAUUCCACUGUUCUGCAAUAAGCUAUAUACCCCUAAUUACUCCACGAUAAGUUUUAUUUUUUUGGACCCCUGGGUUUAUUACUGGAUAAAUUCAGUAUAAUUUCUACCAUUGACCAUAUCUUGUGUAACUACAGUGUAUUAAAAAGCAGCGAAAGAUGAUAGAUGAACUACAAUUUAUUCAUAUUCAACAUUCCCCGUAGGUUUUCAAGUUAUAAAGAAUAUUUCUUAAAACUUUGUUGUAAAAAAUGAUUAUGGAAGAAAUUGCAUAUAUACUAUGUUUAUUUUGUUAAAGAAUUAUGUUUGUAAUCAAAAGCUUACAUCAUCAAACCAUGUACAUGUAUUCAUAUGCAAAAUGUAUCGCAUCAAAGUACGUGACAUUUUUGUGUUUUAGAUACUAAUUCAUUUUUUUCAUCGGCAAACGGAUGUCGCAUAGCAUUUUGUAUGCUAUAUGGUGCUAUCAUCAUGUUUACUCAAAUAAUGCCAAUAUUUCAGCGGCUAUUAUAAUAAGUAAGGAUUUCUCCGCACUAAAAGAAUAAUGUUGAAUUAUAUAAUUUGUUGUUUAUUGAUUUAAGUGACAAAUAUUGUGGUGCACCAAUUUAUGUUUCUGUUAAUUUUAUUUGUAAACUUCUACAAUACACUGAAGUCUUAUAAUUGAAAGAUGUCUACAGUAUUCUUUUGAAAAAUGUAUAGAAAUCUGAAAAGAUACGUAACCCUCAGUAUAAUACUUAAGAAAAUUAACUGCAAACUUUCACGCAUUAGUCAUAAUCUGAAGAGAACAUCUUUCACACAGGAAUUUGAAAUCUGUUUUCAUUCAAUCCUGCAUGGUACUGUAAACUUAAAUAUUUUAGCAGUAAUCUUAUUUUAGUGAUUUUCGCACUGAAGAGUUUCGCUAUAUUUUGAUUGCACUAAAAUGGUAGUUUAUCAACAAUGUUUUAUAUGGCUAGUAUUGCCGGUCGCUAAUCUAUCUUUCUGUUUAUUGGUUUUAAUUAGCUUUUACGCUAAAAUUUGAGCACGCCAAAAAAGUACAUUCACAGUAUUUGGAAAUCUGUUUACGUGAUUACGUAAGUUGAAUUUUUUUUACUCAACAAUUCAUCAUGUGCCAUAUGAUUGUCCUUUCCAUGCGCGCUCCAUGUGUUACCAUAAGUUAUACUGUUUCAAGAGAGUUAUUUAAUUCAACAAUACUUAACAAGGCUUUUCAUGUAAAUUUUAGUUAGAUCUAUCAAACGUUUUGAGAUUAUUUCGAAGGGAGGAGAAAAAUGAAAUCCCACAGCUACAAACAUAUUCUAGUGUCAUCAAAUAUUUCCUACCAGUUGGUUAUAUAUAUGAUAAGAUUUUCAUAUACAAAUGUAUAUCACAACCUAUGUAGGGUUUAUUAUAAGAUUUUCUCUUAAAAUCAUUUACAAUCUGAUUAAAAUACAUCUCAAUACACCUACGCUAUGAAGAUAUAUUGUACAUUUUGUAUUUUAAUCUGAUUGAAAUCUUUCUCUAGUUGUGAUAUACAAAAAUCUUUUCACAUACCUUCUGGUGUAACAGAAACUCAAAACUUAGGUAACUAUUUUUAGAUUCUAUCAAUUCUUACUUGUUGAUUAUAUGAUAAGUGUAAAACAACUGUUGUAAGUGUUUGCUGUAUUUAUAUUGGUUACAAACAUUUAUAUGAUGGUGUUAUGUACUAACCCAUGGGUACUUGUCUUGUUUGGUAAUGGCUAAAAGGUUGGACCAAGGUCAUUGAGAUUUGUAGUGAAGCCAUAUAUAUACUUUACUGUAUAAACGGUGUGCUGCUGUGUUACAUUCACAAAUGUGUUCAAGGCCGUAUUUCAUAUACACUGCUCAAGGUAGGAGUGUCGU